GGGAGGAGGUGUCUGUCCUCCAGGUGGUGGGGGGGCAUUUCAUUCUGGAGCGACAAGCAGCAGCAACAUGAUGGAGGUCGCAGAGGCCGAGCAGAUUGUGGAGGACGCUGAUGAGAUUGUGGCGCCUCCGAAUGGCGGCGCCGUGAACGAGCUGCUGGAUGUGGGCCAGGAGGACAACAUGCAGGGCCAGAUGGAGGAGUUUCUGGGCCCGCAGGCGCAGUACAACGAGGAGGAGGAGGAGAGGAAAUACUACAGGAGGAAGAGGCUGGGAGUGAUAAAGAACGUUGUUGCAGGAAGUUUUGGAGCCAUGAUUGUUUACAGCGUUUACAUGGGUCUGCUGCAGAUGCAGCUGACCCUCCAUUACGACAUGACCUACCGGGAGGUGAAGUACAGCAACCUCGGCCUCGAAGACAUCGACCAGAAGAUGCUGAUGGGCAUCAACGUGACGCCCAUCAUCGGCCUGCUGUACACCCCCGUCCUCAUCAGGUUCCUUGGUACCAAGUGGAUGAUGUUCCUGGCUUCGGGAAUCUACGCGCUCUUCGUCUCAACCAAUUACUGGGAGCGCUACUACACGCUGGUCCCAUCGGCUGUAGCCAUCGGCGUGGCCAUCGUGCCGCUUUGGGCCUCGUUGGGAAAUUACAUCACGAGGAUGGCGCAGCAGUACUACGAGUACGUCAACUACAGGGAGGAGCACGUUCAGGAGCAGAAGAAGCUCCCGAAGGGAGCGUGCCACAAAUACAUCAUCGUCUUCCAGUCGCUGUUCAACGUCAUCUUCAGCCUGAGUUUCGUCUUCGCCGAGCUCCCCAUGCGACUCGUCCUCCACAGUCACCUGCACGACAACAAGCACAUCCUGGCCAACGUGAAAAUAUGCGGAGCUGCGAUCACUGGGAUCAUCCCGGGCUUUAACACCACCGUGCUCACCAACCUGCCCCGCUCCAUGCUGCUCAUCCAGGUGGAGAGCGUCCUCAUGGGCUUCGCCUUCCUCGCCAUGAUCAUUUUCCUUCUGCUGUGUGGCCCUGCCUACCGCCCGACUGAAGAGAUCGAUCUUCGGAGUAUCGGCUGGGGAAACAUCUUCCAGCUGCCUUUCAAACACCUGAGGGACUACCGUCUGAGACUGCUCUGCCCUUUCUUCAUCUACAGUGGAUUUGAAGUCCUGUUCGCCAUCAGUGGCUUCUCACUGUCCUACGGCGUCUGUAUUUUGGGCCUGAAAUCCCUGUGGCUCCUGAUAGUCGUCUACGGCCUCUCCUGCUCCGUGUUUUCCCUCCUCUCCCUCAGCCUCCUACGCCUCCCUCGGUGGAUGUGUCUGAUCGGGGGGGCUGUGGUGCAUGGGGUCCUGCUGGUGGUCCUGCUGGCUCUGUCUGUAAAACCUGACUCACCACAGUACCUGGGCCCCCUGCUGGUCAUCGCCGUGCUGUGGGGGCUCGGAACCGCCCUGAACAAGACGGGGGUCAGCACUGUUGUCGGGAUGCUGUACGCUGAGGAAAAAGAACGCCUGGACUUUGUUUACACCAUCUACCACUGGUGGCAGGCCAUCGCCAUCUUCAUAGUCUACCUCUGGUCCCAUAUCCCUAUGAGGGCCAAACUCGCCAUCCUGUUAUUCACGUUGCUCGUGGCCUGUUACUGUUAUUGGGUGAUGGAGCGCCGCGUGGCUCGGAAAGUGCAGCACAGAAUGCCUCGCAUCCCUCGGCCGCGGCACAAGGUCAAAGGUUAUCGCUAUCUGGAAGAGGACAACUCGGAUGAGUCUGAUGAGUCCGAUGAAGAGCAGAGUGAGGGACACGAAACAGAUGAUGACGAUGAUGUUGUAGAGGAGAUGGGAGCUGGGGAGGAGGAAGAAGCGCAGGAUGCCCGACUCGAGGAGGUCGACUCCCCCAGGGCCCGGAGGAGAGGGGUCGAGGGUCAGCAGCACAGAUGGGAGGAGGAAGAGGAGUGA